AUGGCAGGAUCCUCAGGGGAUCAAGCUGAUGCGAUCGCCAUGCCACAGUCCCCUCGUACCAAGCGCAUCAUACAGCAUUUUGAGCGACAAAUGCGCCUCCAAGUUGAUGGCCUCGCUGAAGACAUUCACGUCACCAACGAGCGCCUUGGUCAGCUUGAAACAGCACAAAUUGAAGCCGGUUCGGCGCUCCAAGAAUUAAAAACCGCCCAAGCCACCACCAACACCAGCCUCGACACCAUCAUGACACGGCUUGAGGAGUUGUCCCAGCAGCUUGGUGAGGUACAGGGCGACACUGAUUAUGGUGGCGACACCGAGCAUGACGCUCAGGACCGUCGUCGCCGGCGAGGACCUCGUCGUGUGGUACGUAACCAGGAUGAUUCUUUCUCUAAAAUUAAACUCACUAUACCUGAAUUCAAUGGUAAAUAUGAUCCUGAUGCUUAUCUUGAGUGGGAACUUGCUGUUGAUCAAAAAUUUGCAUGUCAUGCUUUUCCUGCACAACAUCAAGUUAGAGCUGCUACUAGUGAGUUUACCCAUUUUGCUUCUAUUUGGUGGCGCGAACAUGGCAGCAAACAUCCCACUGAAAUUCCUACCACUUGGGAUGCUUUAAAAGUUCUCAUGCGCCACAGAUUUGUUCCCUCAUAUUAUGCUCGCGAUAUGCUUAAUAAACUACAGCGUUUAAGGCAAGGUACAAACUCUGUUGAAGAGUACUAUCAGGAGCUGCAAACUGGUAUGCUUCGUUGUGGUUUAGUUGAGAACAAUGAUGCUGCUAUGGCACGUUUUUUGGGUGGUUUAAACCGUGAAAUUCAGGAUGUGCUUGAUUAUAAGGAGUACAAUAAUAUUACUCGUUUGUUCCAUCUUGCUUGCAAAGCUGAACGUGAAGUGCAGGGACGACACGCGAGGACACAUGCUAACUCUUUUGCAGGUCGCACCACGUCGUUCCACUCAGCCCCUAAGCCUGUGGCCGUGUCACACCCAGCAGCGCCAUCUCCACCUAGCGGCACUCCGAGUGACAAGGCAGCAGCAAAAACUCCAGCGCCACAUCAAGCAACAAAGGGCGCCUCUUCCUCUGGACGCACCAAGGACAUUCAAUGCCAUCGCUGCAAAGGUUUUGGUCACGUGAUAUGGGACUGCCCCAACAAGCGCACGCUGAUUAUACGUGACAAUGGUGAGUAUUCUUCAGCUAGUGAUUCCGAAGAAACCAUAUAUGCUAUGCUUGCCACUGACGUUGCAGGAACCGAAGAAGAACAUGUGGCUGCCACUGACGCCGACAAGUAUGAGAGUCUUGUUGUGCAGCGCGUUCUCAGCACGCAAGUUGCACAACCAGAGCAGAACCAGCGCCACACCUUGUUCCACACCAAAGGCGUUGUGCAAGAACGAUCUGUUCGCAUCAUUAUUGACGGCGGCAGCUGCAACAACUUGGCAAGCACGGAUCUGGUGGAGAAGUUGUUUUUCUCAACGCGCCCACACCCACACCCCUACCAUAUUCAAUGGCUAAACCAGGGCGGCAAACUCAAGGGCAAGAAAAUAAUUCUUCAUCCAAUGACCCCUGAACAGAUUGUAAAAGAUGACAUCGCUAGAGCUAAACAACACCAGCAGCAACCGCACAUACAAAACGAGAUUAAACUGAAAGCUCCUGUUUUGCUAGCCACUAAAUCUGAUUUCGAUGAAGACUAUGCCGAUGUGUUUCCGAAGGAGUUACCACCAGGUCUUCCUCCCAUUCGCGGCAUUGAGCACCAGAUCGACCUCAUCCCAGGCGCCCAGCUUCCCAACCGCGCCCCAUACCGUACCAAUCCCGCUGAAACAAAGGAGAUUCAGCGCCAAGUCCAAGCGUUACUUGAUAAGGGCUACAUUCGUGAGUCUCUUAGCCCUUGCUCUGUUCCUGUUUUACUUGUUCCAAAGAAGGAUGGUACCUGGCGCAUCAAGUCUAUGGAAGAGCAUUUGGAACAUUUGCGUGCUGUUUUUGAUGCUUUGCGCGCUGCCCGUUUAUUUGGUAACUUGGAAAAGUGCAACUUAUGCACACAACGUGUGUCGUUUCUUGGCUAUGUUGUUACUCCACAGGGCAUUGAGGUGGACAGCAGCAAGAUUGACGCCAUCCAGAGCUGGCCCACGCCGACGACAGUUACGCAGAUUCGGAGUUUUCUUGGGCUUGCAGGAUUCUACCGACGGUUUGUGCGUGAUUUCAGCUCCAUUGCCGCCCCGUUGCAUGAGCUCACCAAAAAGGGCAUUCCUUUCUCCUGGGUGGUAUUGGGUUGGGCGGUGUUUUGCUUCAAGAGGGAAAACCAGUGGCUUACUUUAGCGAAAAAUUAA